UCAUGACGGUAAGCAACUUUUUAAAUCAUUUACACGUUAUGCUGUAGCGCGAAAGUUUCUGAUCUCGGCAACAUUGUAUCCGUCCCGAUGACGUCAUCCCCUGGCGCUCGGACUCUCAGUAAAGAUGAUGUCCACUACAAACUGCAUUUCCGGAUGAUAAACGAGCAACAAGUGGAGGAUAUCACGCUAGAUUUCUUCUACAAGCCGCACACGAUCACGUUACUGACCCUCACCAUCAUCAGUAUCAUGUACUUCGCGUUCACCAGACAUGAUGCUGAUCCUGACAAUAACCUGCGGGUGGGCUUAGUCCUUGUUGUCUCAUUUUUCCUUGUUAUCAGUGUCCUGGCGUUUCCCAACGGUCCGUUUACCAGGCCGCACCCAGCGAUAUGGCGUAUGGUUUUCGGUCUCAGUGUCCUGUACUUCCUUUUCUUGGUGUUCCUCAUUUUCAUGAACUUGGACCAGGUGAAGCUCCUGAUGUACUGGCUGGACCCCAACCUGCGUUAUGCGACACGUGAGGCAGAUGUUAUGGAAUAUGCCGUGAAUUGCCACGUGAUCACGUGGGAGCGGAUACUCAGUCACUUUGACAUUUUUGCCUUUGGCCACUUCUGGGGAUGGGCCAUGAAAGCUCUGCUCAUCCGCAGCUACGGACUCUGCUGGACCAUCAGCAUCACGUGGGAGCUCACGGAGUUGUUCUUCAUGCAUUUACUACCAAACUUUGCCGAGUGCUGGUGGGACCAGGUCAUUCUUGACAUCCUGUUGUGUAACGGAGGAGGCAUCUGGCUCGGCAUGACUAUUUGCCACUUCCUGGAGAUGCGCACUUACCGCUGGGCCAGCAUCAAGGACAUCCACAGUGCUUCAGGGAAGCUAAAGCGUGCCGUGCUGCAGUUCACCCCAGCCAGCUGGACGUAUGUGCGCUGGUUUGACCCCAAGUCUUCCUUCCAGAGAGUGGCAGGGAUUUAUUUCUUUAUGAUCAUCUGGCAGCUCACAGAACUGAACACAUUCUUCCUGAAGCACAUCUUCGUGUUCCAGGCGUCUCAUCCUCUGAGCUGUUGCCGAAUCCUCUUCAUCGGGAUCAUCACUGCCCCCACUGUGCGGCAGUACUACGCUUACCUUACGGACACGCAGUGUAAGAGAGUUGGUACUCAGUGCUGGGUGUUCGGAGCCAUCGCCUUCCUGGAAGCAAUGGCAUGUAUAAAGUUUGGCCAGGACCUGUUCUCCAAAACACAGAUCGUGUAUGUGGUCCUGUGGCUUGUUUGUGUGGCCUUUAUUACAUCUCUCUGCCUGUAUGGCAUGGUGUGGCACGAGCAGAAAUAUGGCGUGAGACUGAAGUUACAGAGCGUGUCCGAUUGUGACGAGAGCAGUUUCCUUGACUCCUCUGGGUGCCUCCCUGACAUCAUACAAGACGAAAGAGACUCCAACAACUCCCAGCUGUUACACCAGAGAAAAGGAGGAUCGGUGAAGAACAAAGCUAACGGAACGAGCAGCAAACAGUAGCACGUUGAUGGCAGAGUUUUCGCUGAACAUGAUCAUUACAUGGUAAAGGAUUUAAAAGGACAUGAAUCAAAGGAAUACAAGUUUGAGCAGAUCAUGAAACACUGUUCCACAACAUACUGCUUGACACGUCUUCAUUACCUGGAUACUAGUAGUGAGAUAUUUGUUUUUUUUAAAUUGCAGCCAGUUUGGGAUGCAUUGGAGAAAAUCACUUUCUGCACUACUUUUAUAGUAUUUAGAAACCAGAGCAUGUGUGUUUGUGACCACAGGACUCUGCUGUUUCCCUGUCAGCUCGAUUUCCACUUCAUGCUUUAUGUACUCUUUAUUCCUUUUUUUCACUGUUGAUCAGUUUUGUACUGAAGGACCUACAAAUGAGGAAAAUGCAGAUAGCUGUUUCGUUAUAUCCACAUAUUCCUCACUUGUAAAUAUGGUAAAGGUCAUUUUUAAGAAAAAAAUAAUAAUAAUGGGAAUGAAGUCUCAUUUUGAUUGGUCAGCCCAUCUUGACAGCUCCAUUCUUGCUAUACAGCUUUCCUGUUUUUCCUUUUGUGUGUUUUUGUUUUUAAAUCAAAAUAAUAAUAGACCAAAGCACAUGUCAGACAUGCAUGUUCCUAUUGCACUAAACUGAAAGUUAUUAAACCAAAGCGAGAUGUUCUCUUUAAUUGAAUGCAAAAAGGUACGAUUUAUUUUCUUUCCUUUGAUUCAGUUUCGUGUCCUUCUUAUACCAAUGGUUGUUUCUAAUAAUUGUUUAAAACAAUCUGUACUGUACUAUUGUUUUUGAAAAUCCCUUUUCAAAAUUCUUUAAUAUUUAUUUAUAUUUAUGUUUGAGUACACCCUUCACAUUUCAGAGCAACCAUUUAAUUAUAUGUUCCUAAUGGACAAUACUAUAAAAACUAAAACUGGAUCUACUUUAGAGUCGUCAAUGUGCAGCUUGUACAGCAGUAGGGAUUUACUGUCCUUUAACCAUAACACAAAAUGCAGACUUCAUUUGCUAAAUAACCAGCAAUGAAAAUAAGUAGACCGUAGUGAACCUGUCCAACUUGUCAACUUUCUGUGUGAGCACCAUUGUUAUUUAAUACGACCUUAAUCCUCCUGGACAUGGACUUCACCAAAGCUGCACAUGUUGUUGCUGGGAUCCUCUUCAACUUCUUUACAAUGACAUCAUGGAGCUGCUGGAUGUCACACACACAACGCUUCGUCACCUUCUGCUUGAGGACGUCCCACAGGUGCUCAAUAGGGUUUAGGUCUGGAGACAUACACGGCCACUGACAAACACAUGAAUAUGAUGAAUAGGACAUGUGACUUUGCAUGGUUAAAGAUGUACAGCUGUUAUUUCUUAGGGUGCACUCACUUUAGUUGCCAGUAUUUUGAUAAUAAUGGCUGUAUGUUGAGUUGUUUUCAGAGGACAGUAAAUCUAUACUGUUAUACAAGCUGCACAUGGAUUACUCUAAAACGUAUCCAAGAUUCUUUUCUAUAGUAUUGUCCUUUUGAGAUGAUGUACUAAAAUGUUGCUGAAAUAAGAGAAGUGUACUCACUUUUGUGAGAGUGUGUGGGCACGCAUAUAUACAGUAUAUAAUGCCUGCAUACAUGUAUAUACACAUACAUACGUGUGUGUGUGUGUGUGUGUGUGUGUGUGUAUAUAUAUAUAUAUAUAUAUAUUGUAUUUAUUAUUAUUAUUAUUAUUCCCCAGUAAAAAUAUAAUGUAUAAAUAUAAUGUUCAAGUCGAACGAGAACUUCUGAUUGUGCAGAAUAACAGAACACAGUUAUGAGAGUAAAAACUCCCUUUAUUUCUCUAUAUAAUCCCCUGCUACAUUAAUGCACUCAUCCCAGUGUUUCACUAGUUCUUGGACACCAUCGUAAAAAGGUUUUUCAGUACAUAAGUCCCGGUUUGACUUGAACCAAACCUAAUUUUAAAAACACAAGGACAGUAUGACUUUUUAUAUGAAAAUAGGCAAAUUCCCAAAGUUCCAUUCUAAUAUUUUACAUUUGUUACAGGAUCAGAUUAAAUUGAUCCACAGAUUUGCUGGUAUCGGCCACAUACUAAUUCCAAGCAUCAGAUUUGUGCAAUUUUUAGCAGUACUAUAACCUUAUAACCUUGCCAUGCAUUUUUUUCCCCCUUCUGUUUAUGUUAACUGUAAUACUUUAGAUCAGAGGUUCCUAAACAUGUGGCAUUCAGAGAACCUUUUAUCUUUCCAAAAAGGAAAGGAAAAAAGAACUGCAUUCUCUGAACACAUGUUUAUUUUCCAUGCAGACUUCAAUAUAAUAAAAAAAAAUAGGCUUAUUAUUUAAAUGUGUGUAAUAAUAAUUUGGCUUAUUCUUGGAGUCGUAAAAUGACGGGUUGUAAUUGCCACUGGUAUAACUAACUAAAUAAAUGAUUAAAUAUAUUAAAGAUGGCUUAAAAAGCUUAAGAGAAGAUUACUGCAUUUAGAAAAGCCUGAGUUUAGAGCUUUUCUUCAGCAGAUGUGCAGCUAUCGUGAUGCUACAUAGAGAAAUGAAUGAAUAGAUGAAUACCUUGAUCGAUCAUUUCUUAAAAGCUUAAGAGAAAUUCUUGCAUUUUGAGAAGCAUGUGUUUAGACCUUUUCUUCAGCUCUUAUAUGCAGCUAUGGUGAUGCUACAUGGUGAAAGAUAAUGCACUAACUGUUUGUAAAGGUUUUUUGCUGCAGUGAAUACACAAUGUGAUGUUUUUUUUUUUUCAAAGAAUUUUUUAUUCGUUAUUUUAUGACAUGAAUUAAUGUUUGCUGUUGCACAAAGCUCUUGUUAAGGAUUUCUGUAAAAAUCAACUAACAAAGUGUUUUUCCUCACUUUUAAUAUGUAUUUACAGAGUGACCUAAAAUCUGGAUCCAUGGACAAAAAUAUGUUUAAAUGCCUCAAUUACAGCAUGAUCACUGAUUUCAUGGCACUUGUGUGUGAAUAUACAGUAUGCUGAAUAUAUACUAGUACAUUGUUCUGUGCUGAGCCCAAAGUAAAAGGUUGAGGGGUGUUCGAUCUGGUUCUGUUCCAUUUUCUGUAAUUAGAUAUGAACCCAUCUUAGGUGGGUCUGAAAUAAAAAAUUUAAAAGUCUUAUUAUAAAAUUUAUUACAUAUGCUCAUUAUUUCAGACUUUCAGGAUGCCCUGUAUACUAUAAAGUGAAAUGUGAUGUGUAGUUACGCAGAAUUAAAUUAAGAUACCAGAUUAUGGUUUAGGGACUAUUUGUAUCUUGUAUGUAAAUGUUUUUAAAGUCAUUAUAGAAAUGUGUACAUUCAUUGUCUGGACUAAUCUUAAUGGAUGCCUUAACAAUUUAAUAAUACAUUGUUGAAUGUGCUCUUGGUUAAUCAGCUCCAGGUUUUUCGAGUCAAGUUAGUGGUUUCAUCUAUUCCAGAUUGGUGACUGAAAAAAAAAAACAACUCUAUUUCUAAGUAAUAGAAAUUUCAUGACUUUGUGGCCAGCAGGUGGUCUAAUGAUUUAGAGGCUUUCCCUUUAAUGAGUGACCACUAUUCCUGAGAACCAGAAAAAAAAUCUUUUGGUAUUAUUAUUAUUAUUAUACUUUUU